UAAUUUUCACUUAGGACGGAAGAACUUCCGUUUUAUAUGCUGCAUGGAAGGGUCACAUUCAUAUCGUCCGUCUUCUGAUAGAGGCAAAUGCUGACCUAAACCUACCAGAUAAGGAUGGUUUUACUCCACUCUAUGUUGCCUGUGAAGAUGGACACAAGCUAAUAGUUGACAUUCUGUUGAAGAAUGGAGCCAAUGUUAAUCUCACUAUGACAGUUGAUCCUCCUCAUCUCCUCUGGGGAUAGCUGCUGAAAAGGUCACACAGAGAUUGUGGAGAAACUGAUAUCAGCUGGAGCUGUCAUCAACUACCAGAACAAGGAUGGAGCAACUGCACUCUUGAUAGCCAGUCAAAAUGGACACCUGGAGGUAGUUAGACUUCUGCUGAUGUCUGGAGCUAAAGAUCUACCUUAUAAGGAUGGACGUACAGCCAUGAGUGUCGCAAGACAUCAGCAAAUAGUCAAACUUCUACAACAGUACAAAGUUUAAACUAAUCUCUAGCUAGCUACAUAACACUGUAGCUUAGUUCUAUACUACGUACACCAGAGAUCACCAAUUUUCAAACUUUUGUAGCAUUAAUAGUAAACUACUCUACUUCACACUGCGGCUCAGUUCAUUUCUAUAUUGCUUAUUCUCAUCUAUCACUUCAUUUUUACAGCUGUUUAGCAUAAACUUUUGUAUAAUUAUUUAUGUC